CCUCCUUAUGGUGCGCGGCCCCGCGGCCGGAGCCCUUCCCGCCAGUGUGUGCGCGCCUGAGUGUGUGCGGGACCCGAACCGGCGGGGAGAGAGAGAGCGAAGCGCGUUCGUGAGGCCCGCAUCAGCCCCUCCCCCAGCCUGUACCCCGGCGGGGAAAGAGAGGCCGCCAGCACCGCUAUACCCCAUACAGCAACAGGAAGGCCGGGGCUUCCCCGCACACUGAGGCGCAGCGUGUGUCCGGAGAGCGGAGUAGGCCGCGGAAAGGGGAGUGAGAGGCCCGGGUACGUGUGUGCUGCUGUCGGCCUUCCGUGGCGGGAUGUGAGUCGGUGCCGGGACAUUGCUGCCUACCGGGGAUACAGCUCAUACCGGGGAUAUAGCUCAUACCGGGGGAUAUACCGCUGCUCAUACCGGGGGAUACACCGCUACCUGGGGACAAGUGUGAGAGACAAAGCCCUGCCCGGCGGGGAAUAUGGAGCCCUACCCGAGCCCCUAGCCGCUUCCUACCCGCACAUUAUGGGCGCCCCGCCGCCUGCCCUGUGAAGCCGGGGGGGCACCUCCGUGUGGGAUGGCCGCUAUGUAAGUGGGGCUCCCCCGGGCCGAGACCGGAGCGGCAUGUAGCGCAGGAUCCCCCCACUGACUGCCCGAGUGGAAUCGCCUUUCUCUGGAAUAAGGCGGAGGCCGCGCUUUGGAGGCUGCAAUGAACCCGGUGAAUGCUACCGCCCUAUACAUCUCAGCGAGCCGCCUGGUGCUCAACUACCACCCCGGGGAUCCUCAGGCCUCCGCCGAGAUCUGCAAGAUGCUGCCCUAUUUCCGCCAGGCCUUGGCCUGCUGUGUGUGCGGAAAACUGCUGGAAGAUCCCAUUGCACCAAUCAACUCAACGUGCCAGCACUAUGUGUGCAAGCAGUGCAAGGGGAAGAAGAUGAUGAUGAAGCCUUCUUGCAGCUGGUGCAAAGACUAUGAGCAGUUUGAGGAGAAUAAGCAACUGAGCAUCCUGGUAAACUGUUAUAAAAAGCUCUGUGAAUAUAUCACUCAGACGCCACUGGCGCAGGACAUUUUAAAUACAGUUGAGUGUUCUGCAGACAUUUUGGCUUUUCUUCCUGAAGAGCCUCCUGUUGAGGAAAAACAGGAAUCCACCUCAGAGCCACCCUCGCCUUUGUGUCGCUCGCAUUCUCCAUUACCAACUAAAUCUGAACAUGGAUCAGAACAUGAAGCAACCAUUUGUCAACUACCACAAGACAGACCUAGUAUUGAGGCAGAGUGCUUGGUCUCUAAUGGACUGCCCAAUUGUAAUGGGCUGUCUGAGACUGAACUCCCUGUAAAUAUCCCCUCCCCCGAAAGCCCCAGCCCCAUGGACCUCUGUUGCACAGCUGUUGACAUUAAAACAGAAGACCUGUCGGAGAGCUUAGAUACUGUGUGUGAUCCGGUAUCCACUAGUGACUUGUGUGCCGCAGGACUUGAUAUUUGUGGCUAUAACGAUGAUCUUAAAAGUGGUGGCCCGUUGUUGCUGAGUGUCGAGGAAGUCCUGCAGAGCCUAGAGACCGUUUCAAGUACAGAGGUCAGUGACUGUGAUUUGCAGCACAGUUUGGAUACCACAGCUUCUAAUGGGGCUUUCUUGGAACUCUGUCCCCAACCCCUGACACACACUGUUUUGCUGUCUGACAGCCAUGCCCCAGCACAUGGGAUCUCCUGCACUACCGCCACCCUAAAAAUGGUAAAGACUCAUCGCAAGCGAUCCCGUUCCGAAAGCGACAGUGAAAAGGUGCUUCCGUUACCAAUUUCUAGCAUCAUACUUGGGCCAACUCUGGGAUCCCCUGCCCCUCUGUUACUGACACGGGAAAACAGGAACUUCUUGCAGCCAAUGGCAACUGUCCCCAAUGGGGGUAGCUCACCCAAAAUCAGUAAAACUAUUCUCUUGUCUAAUAAAAACCUGAAAAAGAACCCAGAGCACGGUCCUAAGAAAACCCAUCAAAAAUCCAAACCAGCCUUGCUGAAAACAAAGGACAAGGUAAAGGAAAAAAUCCCCACCAAUAAUGUGGUGCCUGGAAGUCCCACCAAAACUGUAUAUAAAAAGCCACAGGAGAAAAAAGGCUGCAAAUGUGGACGUGCUACCCAAAAUCCAAGUGUUCUUACGUGCCGAGGACAGCGCUGUCCUUGCUAUUCUAAUCGCAAAGCCUGCCUGGACUGCAUUUGCCGUGGCUGCCAAAACUCAUACAUGGCAAAUGGAGAGAAGAAGCUAGAGGCAUUUGCAGUGCCUGAAAAGGCUCUGGAGCAGACCAGGCUUACUUUGGGCAUUAAUGUAACAAGCAUUGCUGUGCGAAAUGCCAGCACAAGCACCAGUGUCAUCAAUGUCACAGGUUCCCCUGUAGCGACCUUUUUAGCUGCCAGUCCCCACGAUGACAAAAGCUUAGAUGAAGCUAUAGACCUUAGAUUUGACUGUUAAAUGGGACAGCUAUUCCCCGGCUUGAAGAAAGCAGGAGAAUGGCAGCAGUUUUAUGGCAGCUAUGGAUCUGUUUGGUUAACUUUGCAGGAGCUUCAGCAUAUAGGUCACUUGUAUCAAGUGUGUUCAUUGCUAAGUUAUGUGUUCUUGUAUGUGAGGGGGCAGGGAGGGAAGGGUCAGUGGGGUGGGACACGAAAAGAGUUUGGUGAUAAGAGAAAUUGUAACCCUAAAUUCUGUAUGUCUAUUUCCUCGACUUCAGUUUGCAUUUUUUCGCAAAUUUUGAUGCACCUGAUUUAUAGAAAAUGACCUUUGGCAAAAAGUGCAACCACAAAAUGACCUCUUGUAUCCUGUCAUGAAUUGUUUUAAUCAGCCUGUUUUUGUCAGUGGUUAUGGACACCUUUAUUUUUGCAGGUAAUGAGCAAUUUAGAACUUUUCAACUUCCUUUUCAUUUCAGCCACAUUUAGAAUGACACAACAUCCAGACUUUAGGGGCACAUUUUGCAGUAUAUAUAUAUUAUUCAGAACUCUUCUUAGGAAAAGAGAAUAACUUACUCCUUUUUUAAGUGUUACACAGAACAAAAAGCACUGAGUAUUAAACAAGGCAUGAUGUGAGAGUUAUAGUAUAUCUAUAUAUAUAAUGUGAGAGAUAUGCCAGAAUGAAGAGAGAUUAUCUUGUGAGCUGGGAAAGGGACACGAGGCUCAUGAAUGUGUCAUAUAUGUUUAAUGGUGGUUUGUCUUGCAUUGUCACUUAUAGAUGAGAAAUGCAGUUGAGCUAAGAGUCCAGUAAGGAACAUGGGUUCUAGUAGAGGUAAAAGGCAAAUGGCUAGAGUAUAUUCACACCCGUCACGGCCCUCGCCCGCCCCAAAUCCAUUCAGAAGUUCUAGUCUAGGUGCAUAUAGAAACACAUCUUAAUUUAUACUGUUCAGCACAGGCACAGCAGAAAUUGCAGUAGCCCCCUUUCUCUCCUUAGCUAAUUUUUAAGUUGCUUUAAAAUACUGCCAGCCUUUAGAGUAUUUAAUACAAUCACUUUUUCUGUAUCAAUUCCCUAGGGAAUCAACUCUCCAAUAUACAUUAUUUAAAUUAAAUGGAAGCUAACAUUUUAAUUCUGAAACCCUUGGAUAAUACAUACUAUAAAAUACAGUAUUGAUGAAUAUUAACGGGUUAGUGUCAUACCUUUUGUCUGGUGUACAGAGAAGCUACAUUCGUGGGCUUAUCAUGCAGAACCUUUCCCCUACACAGCUGCAAGCGCUUACAAAAUGGUGCUUGCUGUGUGUAAAGACCUGAAGGCCUCUGCAACUUUUUGGGUUGCUACUUUGCUUUGGGUGGUUACGAGAAAUGAAUCCGUGCAGUUGAACACAACUGUCAUGUAUUUCUACUGACCACAGCUAGUACAGUAGCACUCCAAGUGGUGGCUAAGACCAAGGCUCAGUAAGUGAUAGACAUAGGGUGCUGCAGCGUCACAGGGUUUCCUUGGAGCACCCAACUAUAUAGCCUGGACCUGACGUUCUCUCAACAUUUUUUUUUUUGCACAUGCAAAACUAUGAGUUUAACUUCAGACUUUGCAUUUAUGUUGGCGUGUUCAUUUUCUCAGGGUUGUCAUUAUUGUAUGAAAGGCAGAAAAUAAACCUUAACUGUCCUCCCUUUUUCUAAACCUGAACUUUAGGAGCAUUCUGUACUGAGCUGCCAUUGUCGUUGCAUUUAUGAAGCUGCUAAAGAAAGUGAAUGCUUGAGUGUUCUAUAUCAAUACAAUAUACAUACAGAUAUAUUCACAUAGAUGGGCAUACAUUUAAACAGGGAUAGCUCGGGAACAGGCAACCACUGACACUUCAGGUCCCAGCAUUGUUCCGUCAGUUGGUAGCAUGGUGCUGGGGGUUGUGCCAUCCGUUGCCUUUUCUGAACGGCUAUUUAUGAGCUGUUUGCUUAUAUAAAGGAUUAUAAUCAAGUCUUUCAUGUACAUGGUAUGUGAUACUAAUAGGGAGGUUGAAUGGAUCUAAGUGUCUAGGACACCGUUGUGCAUAUGACUGCUCACCAAUCUCCACCAAACCUAUGCAACAUAUACUAUUUUUGAUAUCAUCCUUACUGUGACACAGGCUCUGUUAAACAUUUGGAUAUAAGUUGUUCCUAAUCUGAAUAGUUAUUCAAAAAUAACAAAUUCCAAUGCCACUAUUUGUUUGGUCUGGUUAUAAUGUGGUCAGAACCAUCCCAUGUACACUGAUCCUCCCUGGGAUUGCAGCUCUGCUCCAGGGCCCACCGAGAGGGAUACAAUGCAAAGCUGGCAAUUAGUUGGACAACUCCCAUCAAAACGGAGUAGCUGAAUUUUCAUCCAUGUUAGUUCUGACAAUAAUGCAGUUUACACAUCCUUGAAUUUUGGUAUUCUGAUCCAAUCAAAAAUCUUCAUUGGCUGUAGUGUCAGAAGUGUAACCCAGCUAGUAUUACUGCACAGGAGUCCUGCAAUAUGGGGCCCAAACUUGCACAUAUGCAUGAUCUCUAGAACAGUUUGGCGUGGGUACGGACUCCAGCACAGUCACAAAGUUACCAACCUAAAUAACUCUUAUUUGUAUGACGCUUCCAAAUCCAUUCAGCAAUGUCAAUUUUGAGCUUGAGUAUACAAAAUUCACUUUCUGUGGGUAAAUGUAAGCUUUCCAGCCAUGCUUUGCUUGUUCCAAUCACUCCACGUUAGCAACAACAUUUCUGUGCUCUGUUCUGCUAAACAUUUAGGCCUCUUUUAUGUUUCCUUGUUCUCCAUAUCCACUCCCUCUGCUAGGCACAGUCUGUGGAACCCAGUGAGCUGCCGGCAUUUAGAUCAGUGUUGCUGCAUAUAACAACUUGGUUGUACCAGCUGCCUUUAAGUGUCAUUGCUGCAGGGGGAGCUGAUACUGAGCUGUAUGGAUUGCACUACACAUUGUACUGUAAAUAGGUUAUUAGGAAAGUCUGUCCCGGGAGAGGCCUGUUGGACUGGAUGUGGCACCCAGCUUGCCUUAAUUUGUGGCACAGUUUUAGCAGAUGCUUAGCCCACCACUCAAAUUCCAGUAGUUUUUAUUAUUGGAUUCUGCAGGAUAUUUGAGGUUAAGUUAAACUAAACCCUAAAUUGAUGUGACUUUUAAAUGUCACUUUUUCUUUUUCAGACUCAUGAAAGAAAAAUAACUCUUAUCGAUUGUAUGUUAUUGCUAUAUCCAUAUCAAGAUAUAUUGUAUGCAGAACAGAUAGCAGGCGUGGGGCGAACGUUCCCUUCUGUCCUGUUUCAUGGCACAGACUUCCUCAGCGCAGCACCACUUGCCUUGUUUCCAUUAGCCACAGCCAAUCGGGCAGCCGCCAUGCAUUCAGUGGAUAUGUAAGGGCCAUAUAUAUUUAUGUUCUACUUUUCUAGACCAUCCGAAAGUGACGGCAGCCUCUGGCUGAGCAUGACGUCCCCUCGCAGCUGCUGGUUAUUUCCACUGUCUGCUCCAAAACCCAUUUGAGUGGUUGUCCUGCUAUGGAAUUCCGUAUUAUACAACUCCUGUCUAAAGCUCUUACAGGCCAAGCAUAACGCUAUCUCUUUUCUAACUCUUCCUGUGCUGCUUUCACAAGCGCUGUUAGAUUUUGACCUAUCUGUGUACUAAGGAAUAUGUUCCUCCUUGCGUUACUGUGUUCAGGGACUUGGAGCCUUAUUGGCUGAUGGACGUGGCCUUUGUCUAGUUUUACAGGUUCCAUCCCAGCAUUGUAAGAGCCAUUGGGAAUACUGAUUUGACAGCUUCAUGUCCUUUUCUGUGAUAUGUCUGGUUUCCUCUUGUGAAUGUGCUCAGGUAGUUUCCUAUUUCCCUUAUAUCGUGUCCAGGGGCAGGGGAGGGACUGCUAGGGAUUGAGGGUUGGGUCAAGCCAUAGGAAGAUCAGAUGUGUCCAUUGUGUAAUAGUCCCCUUCCCCCAUGUUUUCUUUUUUGCAAGCAGAGUAACUAUUUUUGAUAAAGAGUAAAAGCUGCUAACUGCAGCUUAGUCUGUGUCUUUUUAUGUUCUUUUUAAUCAUUUGUUCUGAGGUUCUGUUCUGUGAUGUUCUAUUUAAAAACAGAUUGUAUUUCCUUACAUUUUGUGCUGUGGCUUUCUGAGUUGACCAAAGUACUUCCCUAAUUACUAGAAUAUCCCCCUCAACACCAUGGAAAACCCGUUUAUCUCAAUUAACAGGUUUAGGGGUCAGCGUUGCCCAAUGUCAUCGAUGUAACCUGGAGCUAUAAUGAACAGGGUGCCCUACUAGCAGCUGAAAGCUUUAAUACCAUUUCAUACAUCAUUCCUUGAUUCCUCGUUAUUAAAUGUUCAUUCUGCCACGUAUCCCACACACUCACACAUCCGCCGGACACAAAUACAAAUAGAGAAAAUUUGUUAUUUACAACUGUAGGAUUCCCAAAUCUACCCUAAAUCUGCUGGCUAUACAGUUUCUCUAGACCCGAUGAAUAACCCAUGUGGCAUUACGUUGUGAAGUUUAUUCAAUGCUGGUAUUCAUUGCCACCAAUCUGUAUCAAAUGUAAAUGUUUAUCAAUAAAUACUAGUUUUCUA